GUCGGGCGUGCCUGGGGCCAAAACCGCGCACAUCAUGACAACCGACCAGCUCUCCCACUCAAUGACCUCUUUCUGUUCACAGCCAUGCCAAUUUGCGAAUACUGGCGCAAGGAUGCGCAUCCCUGCCUGCCGGCCAAGAUGCUCGACGACCUCAGGACCGGGCGCUGGGCUACCCACUCCAGCAUAUGCGACGAGGAGCACGAGCAUUUUCGUGCGGCAGUGAUCAAGAAGAAGUGUAGCCCUGACUGCACCUUGAUCUUACGCGACCAGAACCGAAUGCUGCCAAUACCCCCCAUCGGCACGUCGACUCCUUCUGCUGACUGGCAGGACGAAGAGUUCACGGACGCGCUCAAGCGGACGCAUCUGCAUUUCGCCAUCGCGCACAUGGACAUCCCGCUCAUAUACGAAUGCAUACGCAUGGGUGCGAAUAUCGACGAGCCCGACGCCCUCGGCUGGACGCCGCUCGUCUUCGCCAUGCGCCAAGUCGAAGCUAUCUGCAGAGCAGACCGUGUCCUGCGUGCCCGCAAUGAGCCAUUCGAGGACAACGCGACCAAGCUCAUGAUCAAAGCAGCAACCAUCCUCAUCGAGCAACACGCCAUCGUCAACAUCACGAUUGACGAGCAGACCCCGCUCCUGCACGCCUGCAAGGCGAAGGACUGGUCUCUCAUCAAGCUCCUCCUCCAACAUGGCGCGCGGCCACCGCCUCCAGAUCGCACCAGUCGAUAUCCCGGGUUCGACGCCCUGGCAGAGUCUCGUCGCUUCGCCCGCGUCAUCCGUACCUUGGGCGAACAUACCGGGCGUCCUCCGAGACCAUGUCCCUGCUGGUCAGGGAAACUGAUCGCCGAAUGUCACGGCGCAGGGCCACAACCGUACCCGGCGCACUUCCUUUGCGCAUGCGGCUCGGACAAGGUGUACAAGAAAUGCUGCAAGCGCAGAGACUUUGAGUUCCUCGAGGUAUGGAGCAUGCAGCUGCAGCAGUUCGUGCAGUCGAGGCGCAUUCGGCACGGCACGGACGAGCCUGAUAUACCAUACGACCCCGAGCCCCCCUUGUCGGACCCCUUGUCGGAGGCUGCGAGACACGAGCGGCUCGCGACUUUCGAGGCAAUCGAGGCGUUCAGGAUGGGCGUCGAGACGAUGGUGGAGCAGGUCGGCAUGUCAGAUCCGGCCUUCAUGUACGCCAUGAAGAAAUGCAAAUGGGUAGGCGUGGCCAUUCCAAUUUUCUGGGGACGCAAGUACAGCAAAAUAGACAACAAGCGUCGUGCGGAGGAGUGGAACGCUGCAGUAGAUGACUACAUCGCCCUGGGUGCCGAUCAGCGGGAUGUACACCAGAUCGAGAGGUGCUCCAAAGUCGGCAUAGACGGUGGCCCGCUCUACAAGCAGUGCGAGCGCCCGGGUUGUACGGCAGGCUGCUCCGGGCCGCCAAAUCUUGCUCUGAAACUUUGUAGUGGCUGUAGACUGAUCUGCUACUGCAGUGCGACGUGUCAAAGGAGCCACUGGAAGGACCACAAGGAAGCAUGCAAGGCUAAAUCACACAAGCCGCAGCUGCUUCUUUCGCAGGUGGUUUACAUGCGUGUGUACGACAGUAUGGUGUACAAGCUCAUGACGACGCCCGACGAGGUUGUAGAGACGCCUUCGGGCAGCGGUGUAGAACCUGUCGAGGAGCCUGUCGUGAGUCGACAAUUGGACAUUGCAUAAACAUCUACGUUGUUGGCCGCCAGUCAGCAUUGCCAUCAGUAGAUGUUUCAGUGUGAUGGCGGAGGCCUG